UCUUCCUUCCUUCUUCCUUCCUUCCUUCCUUCCGCUCCGUCUUUCCCUUUCUUUCUUUUUCAAUUUUGACUGCCCCGCAGCAUAUGGAGUUCCCAGGCCAGUGAUCAGAUCCAAGCCAGAGUCACACCCUAAGCUGCAGCUGUGGCAACGCCAGAUCCUUAACCCCCCUUGUUGGCUGGGGCUCGACCCUGAGUCCCAGCGCUUCCAAGAUGCCGCUGACCCCAUUGCCCCUCAGUGAGAGCUCCAGCCCCCUUUGCUAUUCAGUGGCCCCAGGGGACAAAUAUGGACCACCCUCUUCCCCAGACUCCCAGUCCAUCCUGGAUUCCUAUGGGCUCAGGGGAUCCUGAGCCCUCUCUUCUUCAUCUCUUAAACACUGGAACCCAGGAUACCACAUGAAAAGGAGGCGGUGAUGCUCUGACCAAGCGGUUGGUUUUUGGUUUUGUUUUGCUUUUUAGAGCUGCAUCUGCCGCAUAUGGAAGUGCCCAGGCUAGGGGUUGAAUUGGAGCUGCAGCUGUGGGCCUACACCACAACCACAGCCAUGCCGGAUCCUUAACCCACUGAGCGAGGCCAGGAAUCGAACCUGCAUCCUCCUAGAUACUAGUCGGAUUCAUUACCGCUGAGCCACAAUGGGAACUCCUGACCAAGUGGUUUUUAAACUGUGUUCCCCCUGCCCCCCAGCCCUAAGGGUGCCCGCCCUCUUCUAAUCUAACCUCGUGCCAUCGUGGAGUUCUGCUAUCAUAUGUUACUGAGAUGUAUUUGAAAGCCUCCGGUUUCAUCUGCCUGGUCGCAGUGGGGGUCCCUGCAGGAGCAUGGUUAGUUUCCUGGGAAUAGUUCGUUGCCGAGGAGUGAGUCCUGGUGCCCGCAUUCCGUCCUCUGAGCUUGGGCAAGUCAUGGAACCUUCCUCUCUUUCCCUGUGGAACGGAUCGUAAUCUAUUGAAAGUCUCUGAACCUUCUUCUCUUUACCUGUAGAGUGGAUUGUUAUCUAUUUCAAGCCCCUGGCAAAGGGGAACGACCUCAAAGGGGACGAUGAUGGCCCAGAGAGGGACAGUGACUUGCGUGGAGAUGCACAGCAUCCGCUCUCUCCUAUUCAGUGCUUCAUGCCGUCAUUGAUUCACCAGACGCCCACUCCAUGUCCGGUGGGACCCUGGGGACCUCAGAUGGACACUGCAAUGGAAGCCAACCUGGCUGCCGCUGGCCGUGGGCCCCGCACAGAGCUCGAAGACGAGGACUACUACCCCCAGGGUGGCUGGGACACGGUCUUCCUGGUGGCCCUGCUGCUCCUGGGGCUGCCCGCCAACGGGCUCAUGGCGUGGCUGGCCGGCUCGCAGGCCCGUCAGGGAGCAGGCACGCGGCUCGCCCUGCUCCUGCUCAGCCUGGCCCUCUCGGACUUUCUCUUCCUGGCGGCGGCCGCCUUCCAAAUCCUAGAGAUCCGGCACGAAGGGCACUGGCCGCUGGGGACGGCCGCCUGCCGCUUCUACUACUUUCUGUGGGGUGUGUCCUACUCCUCCGGCCUCUUCCUGCUGGCAGCCCUCAGCCUGGACCGCUGCCUGCUGGCGCUGUGCCCUCGCUGGUACCCUGGGCACCGCCCAGCCCGCCUGCCCCUCUGGGUCUGUGCCGGGGUCUGGGUGCUGGCCACGCUCUUCAGCGUGCCCUGGCUGGUCUUCCCCGAGGCCGCCGUCUGGUGGUACGACCUGGUCAUCUGCCUGGAUUUCUGGGACAGCGAGGAGCUGCCGCUGAGGAUGCUGGAGAUUCUGGGGGGCUUCCUGCCUUUCCUCCUCUUGCUCGUCUGCCACGUGCUCACCCAGGCCGCCGCCUGCAGGACCUGCCGCUGCCGCCAGCCCAGGCCCACGGCCUGCCGUGGCUUUGCCCGCGUGGCCAAGACCAUUCUGUCGGCCUACGUGGUCCUGCGGCUGCCCUACCAGCUGGCGCAGCUGCUGUACCUGGCCUUCCUGUGGGACGUCUACCCCGGCUACCUGCUCUGGGAGGCGCUGGUCUACUCUGACUACCUGAUCCUGCUCAACAGCUGCCUCAGUCCCUUCCUCUGCCUCCUGGCCAGCGCCGACCUCCGGGCCCUGCUGCGAGCCGUGCUCUCCUCCUUCGCCGCUGCUCUCAGUGAGGAGCGGCCAGGCAGCUUCGCGCCAGCCGAGCUGCAGACCCAAGUGGACUCUGGGGAUCAGACUCUGCCAGGGCCAGUGGCUGAGACCCAGCCACCAGCAAACCCCGGGGCCCAGCCCCAGGUGGACCCCGCAGCCCAGCCACCAGGGAACCCUGUGAUGCAGCCCCAGGUGGACCCCACGGCCCGGCCCCCAGUGGACCCCACGGCCCAGCCUCAGUCAGACUCGGUGGCCUCAUCUCAGCUGAACCCCAGGGCCCAGCCGCAGGCAAGCCCCGAGGCCCAGCCCCCUGGACCCACUGCCAGCUCAGCCCCCAGCCCCUGUGACGAAGCCUCCUCUGCCCCAUCCGUGGAUUCCACCCCAGAGGCCCCUGUAGGCCUGGCCACACCGGCUCCCUCUGAGGGAGAAAGACCCAGCCAGGCCCCCGAAGAGGAGCCGCCGGGUGCAGGCCCCACGUGAAGGUCCAGGGAAGCCCAGGGAAGAGCGGGGGAGGCAGAGGAAGCCGCCCGCCAGAGAGGACAGAGACAGUGGAGGAAGGCCCCGAGUCCCCGGGGCCUGGCAGCUGGACUUGGGGGACGUGACCUUGAAGCAGCCAAAAGUUGUGGACAGUUUGUUGUGAGUGUUGCACUCUCGCCUGGGUCCCUGCAAGCUCUCCGUACUGGCCCGCACACGGCAGCCGAACAGCCCCCUGAGCUGUCACUGCUGAUGACCUGCCGUGCUCUGCCCUCCAGUGUCCUCAGACCCCACCGAUGGUUUCCCCCGAGCCUCGGUCCUGCAGGAGAAAGACAGCGACUUCCCCAGGACUGAUCUGACCUCCCCUGGAUCUUGCCCCGCCCGCCUCCCUUCCUGUCCCAUCCACUAACCUGGCACGAGAAGCCAAAGGAGCAAGUCCCUGCAGAGAAGGGAUGCAUUCAGGAGCCAUCAGGAGCCUGGGGCCUUAAGAGCCCAUCAGCUGGCCUGAUGUGGCCAAGCCCUCUGCAUCAGCCCCCGACUCCCAACAGGCAGUGAGGCCGGGGCAAGACUUCCCUCAGUACGGUGGUGGGUGCAGAGGCAGGAGCUGGCAAGCCCAGGUUCAAAUCUGGGUCUGGGUGAUUCUGGACAAGCUGACUCACCCUCUGAGCCCCUGUUUCUUCUGGCAUGAGGAUUAAAUGAGAAAGUGUGGAGAGUUCCCAUUGCGGCUCAGUGGGUUAAGAACCCAGCUAGUAUCCAUAAGGGCUCGGGUUCGAUCCCUGGCCCAGUGGGUUAAGAAUCCGGCAUCACCAUGAGCUGCAGUGUAAGCUGCAGAUGUGGUUGGAUCUGGUGUUACAGUGG